AAUACAAAACAAUUAAAAAAAAUAUCAUUUGUUAUUAGAGAAAAGAGAGAGAAACAUAAUUAAGCAUGUCAACAACUACAAAGGAAUGCUUAAUUAAGUUUUUGAAAGAAGCAAAGCCAUAUUUAGCAGUCAUAUUCUUGCAAUUUGGAUAUGCAGGCUCAGCUAUUAUAGCUAAAUCUGCUCUUAAUCAUGGAAUGAGUCAUUACACUUUUGCUGUCUACAGAAAUGCUGUUGCUGCUGUUAUCUUUGCUCCUUUGGCUGCUCUCUUUGAAAGGAAAAUAAGACCAAAAAUGACUUUUUCCAUUUUCUGGAAGAUCGUGUUGCUCGGCUUGUUGGAGCCUGUUAUCGACCAGAAUUUGUAUUAUGGUGGGAUGAAAUUCACCACUGCCACUUUUGCAACAGCAAUGUGUAAUGUUUUACCAGCCAUCACAUUUUUAUUAGCCUGGAUCCUAAGGCUAGAGAAUGUGAAUAUAUGGAAGAUACAUAGCCAAGCAAAAAUAGUGGGAACAAUAAUAACACUUGGAGGUGCAAUGGUAAUGACACUUGUUGGAGGACCUACAAUUGGAUUGCCAUGGACCAAACAUUCUUCUACUACUAAUGUUGCUUCUCCUACUGAACUCAAUCCUGUUAAGGGUGCUCUUUUCAUUUUAGUUGGUUGUUUCUGCUGGGCUUGCUUUUAUAACCUUCAGAUGAUUACAUUGAAGGCAUACCCAGCAGGACUGUCCCUCACUUCUUUAAUAUGUAUGGCUGGGGCUUUGCAAGGCACUGCACUUACACUUGUGGUUGAAAGAGGAAAUUCUGCAAUCUGGUCUCUUAACUGGGGAAGUAGUAAAUUAAUUGCAUCUGUUUAUUGUGGAAUAGUGAAUUCUGGAAUUGGCUAUUACGUUUCGGGAUUAAUAAUGAACGUCAAAGGACCAGUUUUUGUCACUGCUUUUAAUCCUCUCAAUAUGGUUAUUGUUGCAAUUUUGGGUUCAUUCAUUUUAUCUGAGCAACUUAACUUGGGAAGGGUUGUUGGAGCUGUUGUUAUUGUAAUUGGAUUAUACCUAGUAAUAUGGGGUACGACUAAGGAACAAAAAUCCUCAAAAAUAUUGAGCACUACUGAAGAAGUUGAACAUGUUGGCAAAGAACUACCUGAGAUAAAAUCUUCAAAUCAAGCUGUAACGGGGGAUGAAUCUGUUUAAGAUCAUGUUUGUACGAAGAUAUAUCACGAUAGGAUCUGUUGUUUAAACCGAAUUACGAAAAUGAAAAAUAUUAGAGAAUGAAUACUAUUACUAAGGUUUACAUUUUAGUGAUAUCGGUUCGAAAUUUCUCACUCUAUAGAUAUCGGUUUAAUUCAAACUGUCUUUUUUUUUCUUCCUUUUUUAACUGAUCGCCUAAUGUAAUAAAUUUUGUUUUAUAUAUUGAGAAAACAAGUUGAGUACGCCUAGCUAGAGGCUGGGUUUUAGUAUAAUGAUCAAGUUCCAAUUACAGAGGA